AACACAAGCUUGAUGAGUGAUCAGCAAUGGCCUCGAGCAGAGUCCUUGCUCUUGCUGUUCUUGUGGUGCUAGUCUCUGUAGGCGUUGCGAACUGCAGGCCGGUGAGGAGCAAUCUGGGCCUUGGCAUUGGCGCCGGCGGAGGCCUCGGCAUUGGGCUUGAUCUUGGGUUGGGUGGCGCUACCUCGGCGUCCAGCUCGGGCCAGGGAUCGGGUUACGGUGCCUGGUCCGGUCCAAAUGGUGCUUCGUAUACCGCAUCUGGUCGUGGGUCGGGCACGGGUUCUGGGUUUGGCUAUGGCUCCGGCUCCGGCUCUGCCUAUGGAGGAGCCGGGAAUGGGGGCUCUGCCUCUGGUUGUGGUUCGGGCACAUCAUCUUGCUCGGGCUCGGGCUCGGGGUCUGGUUUCGGCUCCGGGUCGGUUGGCUUAGGCACAUCCAUCAACGUCGGUGUCGGUGUUGGUGCAAAUGGUGGAACUAAUGGUGGUGCAGAUUGUAAUACCGGUUCUGGCUCAAACUAUGGUUCUGGUGCGGGCUCGGGCUCGGGCUCUGCAUCGAGCGGAGGCUCGUACAGUUCACGUGGGCGUGGGUCUUCCAAUGUUGGUUUGGGUUCGGGUUCCGGGGUUGGUUUAGGUGGAUCAAGUGGACUUAGUGGUGGGUCUAAUGUUGGCCCAAGCGGUGGAUGCUCGAAUUGUGGGUAUGGGUCUGGGUCGGGCUCGAGAACUGUUGGAGGCUCGUACUCGGGAUCAGCUGGUGGCUCUGGCUCAUCCGCCAACUCCGGCUCUGGGUCUGGCAUGAGCACAGGCUCAGGCUUCGGUGCAGCUGGUUCUGGUUCGAGCUCUAUGGCUGGAUCAAGCUCAUCAUCCGGUUCUGCAGGAAUGUCCUACGGCUCCUCAGGUUCGGGUUCGUCGACGUGGAGUGGAGCGAGCAGCGGCUCCAAUUCAAACUCCGGCUCCGUGUCGGGUGCAAACUCAGACACCGGCUCAAGCUCUAGCUCAUUCAGCGUGUCAGGCAGUGGAUCAAACUCCAUGUCUAGCUCGGGGUCCAACGCCGCAUCUGGCUCGAGCUCGUGGUCCGGCUCUGGCUCUAGCGCUGGAUCCAACGCUGCGUCUGGCAACGUGGCUCAAGCAGGCGCAGGCUCGAGCUCCGAAUCCGGCUCGUUCUCCGGUGCGAACGCCGGCUCAAACUCGAACUCCGGCUCAUGGUCCAACUCCAACUCCGGGGCUAGUUCAACUACAUUAUCCGGCUCAGGACCCGACUCUGGUGCCAACUCUAAUGCUGGCUCGAGUUCGAGCUCCUGGUCCGGCUCCGGCACUAACUCCGGCUCCUUCUCAGGAGCCGGAUCGUCGAGCUGGUCGAGCUCGUCGUCUGGCUCGACGUCCAGCUCAGGUUACGGGUUUGGCCAGGGCUUUGGCGCGGGCCAAGGGUUUGGAGGCGGGUUUGGGCCUGGAGCCCGCCCGGGGGGUCUCGGCAUGGGCGGCGGCGGAGGGUUUGGAGCUGGGUACAGGUUCGGCGCUGGAGCUGGCGGCGGGAACGCCGAUUGGGUUAAGAAGCACCAUUAGGCUACUUUGAAAACGUGAAGUGUUGUUGGUCCAGGGAAUAAGCUUGUGUAUGUAAUCGCCAUCGUGUGUCGCCACUGUUGCUCUUUUGGCCUCGUGACCAAAUGUGAAGUGUCAUCGUGAGUGGAAAAGAAAGCUGGACUCCUUUGGAAAGAAAAAAAGAGGUCUCUCCUGUUACUUU